AUGGGAGAAGCUGUGUGGACAGCGCUCUUCAUGAUGGCUUUCACCUGCUGCAGCGCACAUGUAAGAUGUGGCCACAUACUGGCUUCCAACUGCCUGGUGACUCCUGUCUAUCCCAAGGAAACUCUCUUCUGCUGCAUUCUCAUUUCUUCCCUUAAACUGUUGCUCCCUGCAGCCAUGCUGGGUCUGUCUGGCAUCCACGAGGUCAAGGGCACGUGGAUGGGAUCCACCACUUUGCCAUGUACCUACAUGCCCUCCGAAGGUCUCACACAGCAAACGCUGAGCUGGAGCCUGGAGCGAGACCACAGCAGCUCUACCAUCUUCCGGAGGGACAGCUCCGGUGACCACGUCCUGUUGUCCCGGUUCCGAGAGCGGGUCAGCGUCCCCAGGGACAGCCCUGGCAACGCCUCCCUCCUACUCCAGAACCUUGAAAUGCCUGACAGCGGACACUACACCUGCCAAAUCACCUGGAGGUCUGAAAAUAACAGCUUGGUAACAAAGGAGGUGACCACCACGGUUAAAGUUGUCAAAGUUGCAGUGACCAAGCCAAUCAUCAGGGCCGGCGAGCUGGGGCUGAAGGUCCCAGCAGGAGCCAGGACCAGCCUGACCUGUGAGGCCAGCGGGUCCCCCCCCAUCAGGUACCGCUGGUUCAGGAGCACCCCAGAAGGCAAAGCCCUGCUCCUGAGCAGCCAGGCUGAGCUGGCAUGGGACAACCUGCAUCCCUCUGACUCUGGGGUGUACUACUGUGAGGCAGAGAACAAGGUUGGGGCCGGGACCGUGCAGCGGAGCGAUGCUGUGGAGCUGACUGUGACAGGUGAGUCCCCAGCCCGGGUUCCUCAUCCCUGCUCUGCAAAACUCAAGUAG